AUGGGUAGUCUCAUUUCCUCAACUCUCCUUCUAUCUCUCUUAAUCACUUUCCUCUUCUUAUUAUCAUUAACAAAUGCUAUUGAUCUCAAUGUCAUCACUGAUUUUGGAGCUAAAGGGGAUGGCAAAACAGAUGUGAACAAGGCAUUUUCAUCAGCUUGGGCAGCUGCUUGCAAAUCAUCAGAGGCAUCGACGAUACAUAUACCGCAUAAGGGCAGGUUCUUACUUAGUCCAAUUGAGUUCCAAGGACCAUGCAACAACUCGAAGAUCACAUUUCUCAUGGAUGGAAUCCUUGUUGCUCCUGACUACAAGAAGAUGGAAAGUUCCGAAAAUUGGAUUAUGUUCUAUGGUGUGGAUGGAGUGUCCAUCACUGGAAGAGGGUAUCUUGAUGGCCAAGGCACCAGCUUGUGGGAAUGCAAAGCUGCUGGAAAUAAUGACUGUCCUACCGGUGCAGCGUCACUUUCGUUCUAUAGCUCGAAAAACAUACUAGUGCAGAAUGUGGGAUCGACGAAUGCAAAGCUAUUCCACAUCGUCUUAUAUUCAUCCCAAAAUGUAGCAAUACAAGGAGUGAGCAUCAAUGCCCCGGGAGAUAGUCCAAAUACAGAUGGUAUACAUGUUCAAAAUUCAAAUAAGGUACGCAUAUUCAAUGCAAGUAUAAGAACCGGUGAUGAUUGCAUUUCGAUUGGACCAGGCACACAAAAUAUGACUAUACAACGUAUUACAUGUGGUCCUGGACAUGGCAUAAGCAUUGGGAGUUUAGGGUCGGGAGAAGAAGAAGAAAUAGUGCAAAAUGUGGUGGUGAAGAGUGUAGUGUUCAAUGGAACUCAAAAUGGGGUAAGGAUCAAAGCUUGGGGAAGGCCUAGUAAUGGAUUUGUGAAAGGAGUGGCUUUUAAGCAAGUUGUGAUGAAAAAUGUCCAAAACCCAAUUGUUAUUGAUCAAAAUUAUUGCCCUCACAACACAGAUUGUCCUCAUAAGAAUUCUGGUAUACAAAUAAGUGGAGUUACAUACACAAAUAUCGUCGGGACGUCGGCGACGCAAGUCGCAAUGUUCUUCAACUGUAGUUCAACCUCACCAUGUAAAGGGAUUGGUUUGGAAGAUAUAAAGCUCACUUACAAUGAUCAAACUGCACAAUCCUUCUGCAAGAAUGUACAUGGAACUGCUUCUGGCGUAGUCUCCCCAAAAAGUUGUCUAUAG